AAUUCACUGGCACGAGAAGUGAUCGUGACAAGAUUUUUAUUCAUGAAUACUUAGAUUUUCGUUAGUAAAGAGCUUAAUAUAGGGAAUACCAGACACUCGACUGACGUCACGUGAGUUGCUACUAAUUAACGUAAACUUCGAACGGCAUUCUUAUCUCCGAUCGUCACACUAAAGGAGCAUCAGAGUUUUACGGGUGGCGUCAAAAUGAGCAAAAAACCAGUCCUGAGGGAUGAAGGAAUGCUUAAAGAUAUCUUCCAACUAUAUGACACAACAGGAGGGGACAAAAUUGAUGUGAAUCAACUCGGGCAGGUUUUGCGAGCGGCAGGGCUGAAUCCAACUCAGAGCGAAGUCCAGAAAGUGGAAAGAGAUGUUGGCAAGUCGACCAUUUCUUUCGAGGAAUUUUUGCCGAUUUACAACUCCGUCGCACAGCACAUGACAAGUGUAUCGAGCGUGAGUCCUGAACAAGUUGUGGAUUGUUUCAAACACUUCGAUCGGGAGGGAAGCGGUAGUAUUUCGUCCAGUAUGCUACGCCAUGUUCUAACUUCGUUGGGCGAGAAACUCACAGAUGAAGAAUUCGAUGCUUUGUCGUCAGGCCAUGUUAGCUCAAAAGGAGAAAUCAGUUACGAAGUCUUCAUACCCGCCAUCAUGGCAAACGCUGAGUAAGAGAAUAUCGAAGUUUGUUUUAUUAAAGUGAUUUGACUUGCGAGUGAAAUAGAGUUAUUGUCAACUGAGAAACAAUAUCAUUCAGAAAUAGUUGAAAGCUUUGACUUGACAUGCGAUGUUGACCCUUUGAAACGCGUUGAAUUCUAUUGCCUUUUAAGUCUCUCUAAUUAAUCAUGAAACUUGUAAUCAUAAGUAAUUUAGCUCUACAGAUAACAAACUCCAAUCCUAGGAGAACAAACUACAGGCUUUCUGAUGAAUCCUAUCAUUACGAACAUAACCGGAGAAAACGAAGUUAAAGUCAAGAUUGAGUUGUCAACACUAUGACAAUAUUUAGUCAUAUAGACGCCCCGAGAAGUAAACAAAUAGUGUUAUAUAAUGGUCUGAUAACACAGAGAUAAGGGAAUUAUGAAACUCGUUUAAUUACACUUUUAGCUUAUUUCGUAUGAUAACAUAUUAUCUUGCUUCCGAACACGUUUGGACAAGUUGUGUUUCAUUAGACACACAUCAGAAAACGCUCUUCUCAGAAUUGAGUACUAUGCAAAUUUAUAAACAUUCAAUAAUGAGUAAUAAAUUUAAAUGUUGACAUUGACCCUAUUGUCAAUAGAUCGCAUUUUGAAUUCCACACUA